AUGAAGGAAAUACCCGACCCCGAAAUCGUCCCUCUCCGGGCUUACAUAUCGAUCUCCCCCCCUCGUCCACAGCCACUUCGUGCCGAAGACCUGCAAUCGGAAGCUGUUACUUCCGGAAGCAUGACCUAUCAAAAUGGGCACUCACAUCUGUUAGCAAAUCGGGACCGUCGCCACAAUGAAAUGAUUCAAACUACCGACGCAACUGCAAUUCUGGACUUAUUGAGAAAUACCAUAUCUUCCGAAAUUCGUCAAGAUGUUUAUGAGUCUCCGGAAAACUAUGAGGACGGUGCUACCAGGCAACAUCAGCAUCGGCAAUCUAGAAGCGAACCCUCCUCCUACCGUUGUAGCUCGCAACCACGUUCCCAACGCAGCAGCAGCGAACAAUCCAGCAGCAGACCAAGAACCCUUCUAACCGGUGAUCUCUACGGCGUCGGAUACGGCUACGGCUUCGAAGGCCAUGCCGGGACUAGAAACAACAAUAACUCCGAAUUCACCACCUCCUCCUCCUCGCAGCGGACCGAACCAUCGACGACUUUCUUCGAAGAUACCCUUUUCGAACUACGUUCUUCAAGUCCAAUCUACGCACGCGAAUCGUCGACACUGUCUACCCGUCCGGAUAUUCAUAAUUCCAUGGCACCUUUUCAGGGUGUUGAUCCGGAUUUUGCGCAGUAUCAGGCGGCGGAGUUGGCUAGGCAUGUUGAGCAGACUCAGACGCCCGUGCAGACUGACUCGAGUCCGAGUUUGUCGGAGCUUAGUUCGGUCAUUUCUUUUGAGUCUAGCGAUUAUGAGAUGUAG